CUAAUAUUUAUUGAGUAAAACCUACUAAGAACGAUGUAGAUUUACUUUUAUAUAAGUUAAUGUGCAGGAUGAUGAUGCAUCAGACAAUAUGUUAUUACAAGAAAAACAUCCUUAAAAAUAUUUGCUAAUUGACUUGUCACAGCACAAAAUGUGAGAUAUUAAAAGAGAGGGGCUUGUAAAAUAUAACCCACGAAGAACUAAACCAUACUGCAUUGGAAACAAAUGAACAAUCUAUAUAAUUCAAAGAUGAAGUAAUCAAUACAUUAUUAUUAGUUAAAUGUGUCAUAAUGUAUUAAUUCCCAAUGAUAUAAUAUUAACUAGUUGUGAUACUUGUUGAGGAACAGCUAACCAAUUGAAAAUCCAUAACCACAAUGACAGCCUAUUAUUUUACAAUUAGUUAACAGUUCUGAGCCUCAACAAGUAAAAUCAAAACAUUUGCAAAACAUUAAUAAUUCAUUAAAGCAGUGAAAUGGCGUUAUUAGGCUACAUUAUAGCACAUUUGACUACAAACUAUGUAUUUAUCGCUUAAUCUAUAAAUCAUAAAGAACGUUCAUCGGAUGCUGGCGUAGUAAUUAUUACUAAAUGGCUUAGUUCUUCAUUAGUCAUACGCCUAUAUUAAUUUGUCACUGUCAAUCAAUGCAUAUUUGCGCGCCCGUAUUGUUAAGGUUCACCAUAAAAACUACAGGCUGCUAUAGAGACACACAAAAUUAGACCAAUUAACUUUGACGUUCAGAUGAAACGGUUCAAUUAAAAAUAUCACAGCCAUAGUCAAAUGUGCUAAGAUGAGAUUUUAUACUUCUUGCGCAAUACACGACCGAUCUCUCUCAAGACCGCAGUCGGGAUCCCGGCGUGGUAACGUAGGCUCUCCGAACGUGACGCAGAGGACGCUUAAUUGCGCAGCUACGACUGUCACGUGAUCAGGCUACCUCUAGCUGGCCGCUGAGAUGAAGACAGCGACCGCGGGGAACUACAUUUCUGCUAACUGCUCUCUUCCAUUCUAUAUUUUUUAAGUCGAGAUAGGCGGAGUAAAUUAUGUGAUCGAACAUAUACAGCAGAGCUGAAUUAUCCGCGUUGUUUAGAAACUUAGAAAUUCAACUUAUAUUUAUUCACCCGCGUUUAGAUAGCCUAGUGCAAAUAUAUAUUUUUUUCUUGUGCCACGAUAAUUCGAUAAUGCUAUCGAACACCGAAAAAGAGUUGAUUGUACAGAUAUGGGACAAAAUGCUUCCAGUGGCAGAGGAAAUUGGAUCUGAGGCUCUUUUAAGGAUGUUCACAACGUUCCCCAAAACAAAGACAUACUUCUCUCACCUAGAUAUCAGCCCCCGUUCAGAGCAUUUACGCUGCCACGGGAAGAAAAUCGUCCAGGCUUUAGCCGAGGGUGCGAGGAACAUAAGCACGCUCACCACCACGUUGGCGCCACUAAGCAGGUUCCACGCCUAUCAACUGCGAAUACAUCCAACAAACUUCAAGCUUUUCAAUCAUUGCAUCCUCGUGACGUUAGCCUGCCACAUGGGCGAUAACUUCACACCUGUCGCACACGCGGCGAUAGACAAGUUCCUUUCGGCAUUCUCAGCAGUUUUAGCCGAAAAGUUCCGAUGAGGACCCCCGCGAAGAAGAACGGGAUGCUUUCGAGAACUCUCUGUGAUGAAUAUACUGCCUAAUACCUGUGUGUCAGUUGUUUGUCGUAAUGUAAUGCCAUGGAAUAAUCAAUUAAACUUUUAUUGACUUUUA